AUGAUACUGGCAGAUCGGCGAAGGAACAGCGUAACCAUCGUGGAGAUAGGAAUCACCAAUCGAGACUACCUACUGGACACGGAUAAGUUCAAGAAGCAGAAGUACGAAGACCUUAUCGAGGAUCUCAAGGCGCGACAGUUUAACCAGCAAACCAAGAUCAGGGUUAUCCCCUACGUUAUGACGUGGGAGGGAAUAGCGACAAAGGAGCACAGGAAGUACAGACGGGACCUGGGCAUAUCGGAUCGCAUGGAAGCCCACAUACAAAGGGUAGUGAUCCAAGAAACACAUAAAAUAGUGAUGAGGGAUAUGAAGCCGAAAGAAGACUACGAUUCCGUAGAAGACCCUCAAGCCCAAACUGGAUGGAUGCCCGCAUGGAUGGCACCAGUGACGUCCGGCAAUGGACCGGCGUGGAUCCCGCAACCGGUUUCAGCGUGA